AUGGCUCUCGGAGCACUGCCGCAGCGGGCUGCAGUGAGCGCCAGACCCAACUGCGCUGGCCCCAAGCCCCUGCAGUCGCGGCAGCCCCGCCCAGCGCUGGCGGUCAGGCGCAGCCGGUGCUCGGUGGUGCCCAGGGCCUCGGAGUUUGACCUGAGCCAUUACAGCGAGGCCACAAUAGCCGAGGUGCGUGCUACGGAGAAGUAUGGCCACAUUGUGCUGCUGCGGCUCAAGGACACGCAGUCGGUGCUGCCGGUGUACAUCGGGGAGUUUGAGUGCGGAGCCCUCGUCAAGGAAAUCAACAAGAAGCCCACGCUGCGGCCGCUGACCCACGACCUCAUGAAGAACACGCUGGAGGUGCUGGGGUUCCGGGUGACCAAAGUGCGCAUCACGGCGCUGGUGGGCAACACGUACCACGCGCGCGUGCACUACGCGCGCGGCCGCGGGCCGGGCAAGGCGGAGGCGGGCGCGGCGAUGCCGGCGGAGGUGGAUGUGGAUGCGCGGCCCUCGGACGCGGUGAACCUGGCUGUGCGGUUUGGUGCCGCCAUCUAUGUGAACAAGGAGGUGGCUGCCAAGAUGAGCCACCCGGUGCACAUGUAUGAGGCAGACCCACACGGCGGCGGCACCACCGAGCAGCACAGCGACGUCGUGCGCAGCUGCAGGGAGGAGAUCAUGGCGUACAACGACCCCACCAUCAUGUACAAGCUGCAGAUGCAGCUUGCCAUCGCGGACGAGCGGUUUGAGGAUGCCAAGUCGCUGCGGGACCAGAUCGACAAGAUUCUGGCCAGCGAUAGAGCGCUGAGCCUGGUGGUUGCCAUGGAGACGGCAAUGGAGGAUGGGCGGUACGAGGAGGCGGCCCGGCUGCGGGACGAGUUCAAGGCGCUGCGCCAGGCGCAGCAACUGUCGUCGCGGGAGGUCAGCGACCUCUGA